AUGACCGCGCUGGGCGGCCGAGACAACGUCUUCAGGGCGUUCCAGGGCGACCCGCAGAUCGCGGCGAUGUAUCAGCAGCGCGCGGCGAUGAACGCCGCGAUGGCGCAGGGCGGGAAGCGGCACUUCGCCCCGGGCCCAUCGCAGAUUGGGAACCUUCCGGGGAACCACCUGCACUUUCCAGCGCCUCGCCCCAUCCCCGGCGGUGUCCCGGUUAACAACAACGUCAACGUCAACGACCAGAACCGCGCGGCGGUCCCCGCGCCGCCGCCGCCGCCGCGCCCGGGCGGUCAGCCCCCGAGCCUCCUGCUCACGGGCGAGGUCAACCCCCCGCCGCGGAACCCGCCGCCGCCGGUUCGGGAACGGUUCGGGAACGUGCCCCCGCCGGGCCCGCCGCAGUACGGCGGGUUCAACCGAAACUUGGGGGGGGCGAAAGCGCCGCCGACGCCGCCGCCGGACGACGAGAUGGGCGGCGGACGCGGCGCGCCGCGACCGCCGGGACGGCCGUUUCGACCGCCGACGCCGCCGUCGCGAGGGAGCGACUCAGGCAGCGCUGCGAAGGCGGUCGUCAGGCGCGGCGGCGGCGGGUUCUCCGUGGCCGACUCCCCGGAGUUUCGCGAGAUGGAGGAGCGGCUCAUCGUCGCGGAGAGCGCGGCGGCGGCGCACGCGCAGAGGCUGCGAACGCUCGAGAGAAAGUUGGCGGUGUCCGAGGCGCAUCGACUGGAGAGCGAAGGCGGCGGGCGAGGCGAGGUCGAAGCCCUGGAAGCGCGCGUCGCGAGGAUGCAAGACGUCCUCGCGCACGCGGAGGGCAGCAUGGCGGAGAUGCGCGGCCGGUUAUCCGCCGCGGAGGCGGACCUGAAAGAGAACCGCGAGCAGUCCAUGCGCGUUGAAGCCGCCGCGCAAGUGGCGAUGAUCAACGCGCGAGAUUCGUUCGAUCAGAUUCAACAACGCAUCGGCGUCGAGCAAAACAGCGACGCGCGGCGUCUGGACGCGCUCUCCGCGGAGAUGGCGCGGCUCUCGCGCGACGUCGCGGAUAGUCGCGGCGAAGACCUCGGCAAGAGACAGAUCAUCGAGGCGAACAUCGCGCGGCUGGAGGGGAAGACGGCGUCGGACACCACGGUGGCGCAAUUCGGCGACGUGCGCGCGAAAUUAAAUUCUACGGAGGAUCUCGUCCGGAACCUCUCCGAGCAGCUCGCGAUGGAACGCCAGCAGCGCGCGGAGAACGAAAGCCGACUGGAGCACACAAUGCAGCGCCUUCAGGAGCUCGGGGACGCGCGCGAGCAGUCGCUGUUGCGGCGGUUCGACCACGAGCUGAACGAGAGGAUGGCGGAGGUGAACAGACGCAUCGUGGACGAGUCCGAGGGCGCGGAGAUGCGAAGCAAAGAGAUUCGCGUCGUCGCGGACGAGAUGAUCAACGAGCUGGGGAAAGAGUCCCGCGCGGAGCGACAGAAAAUUCUGGAGCACCAGAUGAUCUUAGAGAGCGCGAUCCGCGAAGAGAACGAGCUCCGGAGCCACGCGGACAUGAUGCUCAACAAAUCCGUCGACAAGGUGAACCACGACGUCACCGCGCUGCUGCGCGAGGAGAAGCAGACGAGAGAGGCGCGCGAGGGGAAGCUCCGCGGACAAAUCUCACAGAGCGUCCUGAAGCUCCACGCCGCGAACGUGGAGGUGCGGGAUCAACUGCGCGCGGAGGUGAUCAAUCACGAUCGCGUGCUCAAAGCUGAGAUUUCGUCGCGGAUGCGUCUCUUCAACGAGCUCAAGGCGGACAAGAAGGAGCAGGACCUCCAGCUCGCGGCGGGGCGCGUCGAGGCCGCGCGCGCGACCGCGUCCGUCAAGGCGCACCACGGCGCGCUCAUUCACGCGAUGGAACAGCGCCUCGAGCUCGAGGUGAUGGCGCUUCGCAAGCUGUACCAACGACAGACCCACCUCGAGAUGGAGAUCGACGAGUUCCGCAAGAUGGUCGUCCAGGCUUUCACCGACGUCCACGACGACGUCGAGGCGACGACGGUCGCGGCGAUGGCGAACGCGGAGAAGGUGGACUACGGCCUCGACGCGCUGGAGUCGGACUUGAAGCACCUGGAAACGCGCGUGGACGUACACGACGAGCGGCUCGACGACGCGGACGCGGCGACGGCGGCGCUCGUCGUCGAAAAGGACAAACUUCGCGACCGCGCGGAGAAGACAGGCGCGUUCUAUCUCACACUGGUCCCCGUACGACCGCGUCGGCGUGGUGAACGCCGUUUCUUGAGGACUUUUCCCGUCGCAUCUCUCCGCCGAGCCCUCGCUUUCAAUACCCGCCCUCGACGCCUUUCAACUCCGCUUCUGACGCCUUUCAACUCCACCCCGACGUCGCUUCGUAUGGAACGACCCACAGAGGCGGACGUCGUCGACGUCUUCGACGAGCUCGUCACGAACGAGGCGGCGCGCACGGAGAUGCAGUCGCAGCUCGCGACGUUGGAGCCGAAAGUACGCACGCUCGAGAAGCGCGCGGACGGCGCGGACGAGCGCUUGGACGAUAUGGACGACGUCGUGGAGGAGCUCGCCGACGAAGCCGUCGCCGGCGCCGUCAAAGGCUUGCUCGACAUGGAGGUCAUCUCGAGCGAGAUCGACCCGGACCGCCUGGACGAGAUGGACCGCGCGACGUCGCGGAACGUCCGCGCGCUGUCGCAGCUCAAGCUGUCGAUCGAGGAGGCGAACCUCGCGUCCAAGGCUGACGUGGACGCGUCCAUCGCGAAACUCAGAGCGUCUGACGCGUCGCUGGGCAAAAAUAUCCUCGAGCUCCAGAGGCACCUGGAGCGCAACAUCGUCGCGACGCAGCUCCAGGCGGAGUGCGAUCGCAUCGAGGCGGAGGAGUUCACCGUCGCGCGCGUGGACGACUUCAAGCAGAUCGUCGCGGGCGAGAGCAACGCGCGCGAGGCGUCGCUCAUCGCGCUCAAGACGCACGUGCUCGUCGCCGUCGCCGAAGAGGCCAACGCGCGCCGCCGCGGCGACGACGACGUGCGCCACGCGUACGAGGACGACGUCGCCAACCUGGAGGACACCGCGUCCGCGGCGGUGCGCGAGCUCCGAGAGGGCCUGCGCGCGGAGGUCACGGAGCGGACGUACCAGGCGAACGCGCUGCAUCGCGACCUCGGGGAGGCGCUGGACGUGGCGCGCGCGCGGCUGGAGGCGGAUGUCCGCGCGUUGGAAGAGACGGCGGCGGGAAACAUCGCGGCGCAGAAACUCGAGGAAGAGAUGAUGCGCGCGGAGCUGGACGACGCGACGAUGCGGCUGGAGGACGCGCUGCAGACGCUGCAGGAGGACGCGGACGCGAGAGCCGCGGAGGCGGCGGAGAAGCUGAGGGAGGCGACGACGACGGUGACGGGGCUCGUCGAGGUCCAGACCAAGCCGGUGCUGGAAAAGUGCGAAGAGGUUGUCGCGACGAUGGAGUCCACGCGCGCGGAGGUGAGGGACCUCAGAGAGAUGCAGGGCGAGGCGCAGAUCACGGCGGUGACCGCGGAGGAGGCGCUUCGCGCGGAGCUCACGAGCGCGAUCGAGGAGGAGAAGACCGCCGCGAGCGACGCGCGGUACCGCGUCGACGAGACGGUGAAAGAGCUGAAGGACGCGGUGCAGUCGACGGCGUCGGACGCCAAGGCGGACGUCGAGGUGCUCCGCACGGAGAUCUUCGCGGAGCUGGACGAGGUGAACAGCACGCUGUCGGUGGAGACGGGCAGGGCGAGGGACGCGCGGGCGGCGGCGACGGCGGACGUCGCGGCGUUGCGAACGGAGGUGGCGGCGACGACGGAGGCGAUCGCGUCGGAGGCGUCGAAGCGCGAGGAGGGCGACCGCGCGAUCGAGCACCACCUCGCCGCGGACCUCGUCGCGGAAGGGGAGUCGAUCAGAGCGGAGGUGCACACCGAGAUCGACCGCGCGGCGGAGGCGGAGUCGGAGUCGAGAGCCGCCGCGAUCGCGGCGUUCGAGGACACCCUAAAAGAGGGGCUGAAGCUCAACGCCGACGCCGUCGCGGAGGUGCGAUUCGAUUUAGGGCACGAGACGGCGGAGAGAACCAAAGCGGAGGAGAGCUUCGCGCUCAAGGAAGAGGUGGCCGCGUUUAAGGGCGAGGUGGCGGAGGUGAAGAAGCAGGUGGAGUACGUGGACGGGAAGCUGGACGAUCAGCUCGGGAGCGUGAAGGAGGACGUCGCCGCGGCGAUGAAAGCCGCGGGCGCCGCGGGCGAAGCCGCCGCGAAGGCGGCUGCCGCGCCGCCGCCGCCGCCGCCGCCCGAGCCGGAGCCGGAGCCGGAGCCGGAGCCGGAGCCGGAGCCGGAGCCGGAGCCCGCGGCGGAGGAGGAGCCGCCCGCGGAGUAA